AUGUCCUGCCUCAGCCGAAGCUUGACGUCUCUGAGGGCUUCUGGAAAAUCACUGGUACCUCGCUCCGUGGCGACACUGCACACUUCUUCUGCCCGUCGAGGUCUGAACGAGGAGGAUAUCCACCGCGACGACCGAGACAAGGAGAUCGAACGCCAUAAGUCCGACAGUGUAGAGAAAGCCAAAACUGGCCGAGGAGAGUGGAAACCUGAGCUAGGAAGCAAGAGUGAACAAGCAGUUCGGGGAGACAAACACAACAUGACGAUGGAGCAGAUGCAAAAGUUGGGUUCGAAGAAAGCAGAAGAGGGCAAAAACCCUGCUGGAAGUGACAGCUCCAAAGGUUCAAGCGUAUAA